GACUCUCCACGCCGCCGAAGAGCUCUUUCUCUCCAGACUAGUCUCUCGGCAGCUCGUCUCCCUCCCGCUCCUCGCGCACCCAAGAGGCCAUCCGUCUGUCCUCCCCCGACCCCAUCCUCCUCCUCCUCCUCCUCCUCUCGCACCUUAUCUUACUCGUUUAAAUACCUUGUCCUUCUCGGGCCUCCAGGAGAGAGAGAGAGAGAGGGGAAGGAACCAACCAGGAAGAAGGGUAGAGAGAGAGGGUGGGUGGGUGGAGAGAGAAACAGAGAGGAGAGAGAGAGAGAGAGAGGGACAAAAACAUGGCAUUGCUGCCCGGCAUUGGCUGCACCAGCAGCAGCAGCGUCCUGGCACGAGCAGGAUCGCGGUGUCUGGCAGCGGCGUCCCACGCGCCCUCCUCCUCACCUCUCUUCCUCCUGCACGUCAAUGGCGGCGGCGGCGGCGGCGGCGGCGGGCAGGCGCAUCUCCUCUCGCGCAAGGCCACCGGCAACGCCGCAGGCUUAUUAAGCGGGAGGAGGAGGAGGCGGGACCUAUCCGUCGUCGCGGCGGCGGCGACGGCGGCGACGGCGGCCAAUGUCACGCCGGCGUCGCCCCGCGGCGUCAGCGCCAGCGACGUCCUCUGGCCUUCCGCCGGCGCGUUCCUGGCAAUGGCAGUGCUGGGAAGGAUGGACCAAAUGAUGGCCUUCAAGGGAGUAUCAUUGACAGUUGCACCACUUGGGGCCGUCUGCGCCGUGCUCUUCACCGCCCCAGACUCACCACCUGCCAAGAAAUAUAACAUGUUCGUCGCUCAGAUUGGUUGUGCGGCCAUCGGCGUGCUAGCCCUUUCGUUCUUCGGGCCCGGAUGGCUAGCAAGGGGUGCAGCUCUCUCUGCAUCCAUAGCAUUCAUGACCAUCACAGGCUCUUCGCACCCUCCAGCUGCGAGCUUGCCUCUCCUGUUUAUUGAUGGUCCGAAGUUUCACCAUUUACAACUUUGGUAUGCACUUUUCCCUGGGGCUGCCGGCUGCGCCAUCCUUUGCUUGAUUCAAGAAGUGGUGGUUUACCUCAAGAAGAACUGCAAGUUUUGAUUCAAGUGGUGGCUUUUCCUGAUUCUUGAUGGUUUGAUCAUUAUCAAACCUGUGGCAUACAUAAUUUGACGAAGAGGCCUCUGGAUGAAGUUGAUAAAUGUAGAUUUAGUCUUCUUGGUUCAUUUACCAAGGAAAAGUAGUAGGAAAGAAGCUGAUUUUGCUUCAUAAUUUUCAUUGAUCAUGGUUCACGCCAUGAAAAUGUGAAGUACAUAUAUACCAAUCUGAAUGGAGUGUGAUAUUUCGACACAGAAA